CUGAGUGUUUCCUUCCCCAGCCGGAGGAGCUGGUAGAUAAGUUACUAUCAGCUUUGAGAAACCGUAGGGGGACAGCCGCACACAAACCGUGUCGCCUUAGCCCACAUAUCUCAUGAAGCCUCGGCUUUAGCGCCGUUUCGACAUGAACGAGUCGGACACGGAAGCUAUCCUGCCCGGAGACCUCCUCGGCGCCGAGCCAACGGACGACCGAGGCCCCGAAGCCUCCGACCAGAAGGAGGCGGAGACGGAGGUCCCGAGCCGAGGCGCUUCUUUCCCGGUGUCCGUGGAGCCGGUGCUCUUCCUCUCCAUGUUUUCCAUCGCGCUCCAGGCUCCCCUGGCCACCCAGUACCUGUGGGACCGCGUCAGCGAGGACCUCGGCUACAACGGCUCCAGGGGGUCCGAGUGCGGCAACGGCUCGGUGCCCCCCGACCCCCUGCAGAAGGAGGUGCAAACGUUGACAGCCCACUGGAACCUGUACCUCAGCCUGGGGGGGUUUUCCGUGGGGCUGCUGGUGGUGCCGCUCCUGGGAUCGUGGAGCGACCUGGCGGGUCGCCGGCCGGUCCUGGUCAUCUCCAGCCUCGGGAUGGCCCUGCAGGCGGGGGUCUACCUGCUGGUGAUGUACCUCAGGUUGCCCGUGGGCUGCUUCGUGGUGGGCAGGCUGCUCAGCGGCCUGAGCGGGGACUUCAACGCCAUCCUGGCCGCUUGCUUUGCCUACGUGGCUGACGUCAGCGACAGGAGGUCCCGCACCUUCAGGGUGGCGGUCUUGGAGGCCUGUAUCGGCAUCUCGGGGAUGCUAGCCAGCGUCAUCGGAGGUCAGUGGCGGCGAGCACAAGGUUACAUCAACCCGUUCUGGUUGGUUCUGGCCACCAACUUGGCCUCGGCUCUCUACGCUUUCCUGUUUGUCCGCGAGUCCGUCCCGCCAGACCCCAGAGCGAAGCUGCUCACCGCUCGCCACCACAAAGCCGUCUGGCACCUCUUCCGGACGGGAGGCGGCAGCAGAGAGGGCGGCGGAGGGCUCCAGAGGGGCAAGCUGUGGCUCUACACGCUGUGCUUCUUUCUGGUGGUGGCCGUGCACUUCGGCAGCCGGGACCUGUUUGUGCUGUACGAGCUGAGCUCGCCGCUGUGCUGGGGGCCGGCCCUGAUUGGCUGGGGGUCGGCGGCCCUGCACCUGGCCUACCUGACCAGCCUGCUGGGCCUGAAGAUCAUGCAGCUCUGCAUGGAAGACUCCUGGGUGGCUCUUGUGGGUCUGGCCUCCAACAUAAGCGGGCUGGUGGUCUUCUCUGUGGCCUACACCACCCAGCUCAUGUUCACAGGUUACGGCCUGUGUUUCCUCUCCAUGGCCGCAACUCCCGUGCUCAGGUCGAAGCUGUCCAAGCUGGUGGGCCCGUCAGAGCAAGGUGCCCUGUUUGCCUCUGUUGCCUGUGUGGAGAGCUUGUGUUUCCUGGUGGGCAGCGGGCUCUUCAACUCCCUCUACCCUGCCACCCUGCACUUCAUGAAGGGCUUCCCCUUCCUCGUCGCUUCCUUCAUCCUCUUCAUCCCCGCUGGGAUAAUAGGGACUCUGGAAUGUUUGGAUCAGAGGAUAAAUCACAGAGACUCCCCUGGAUCGUGACCAGAGGAGAAACAGGGGCAGGAUCCCAUCAGAAGGGGACGUUGGUGGUGGGGCCGCUCAGCUCUGACCGAGAGCCAUCCAUCAUGUCCAUGCUGCUGGGAGAAACUGCCAUCUUAACACAGAUACCACCAGUUGGUGUUGGUUUGCACAGACAUUUUUAAAAAAAAAACAAGAGUUUGAGACCAAAAUGUAACGAACACCCUCCUCUGUCAAACUGUUUCAAGUUCGCUUUAAAAAGUGGGGACAGCUUUAAGUCAUUUCAUGCACUUUCUACAAUGAGCAAGAUGUUCAUGCCAUUAUGUUGAGAUUUAUUGACAGGACAUCAUUCGUCCCUAAUAUUUCUUUUCUAAUUUAUUCCAUUUGGAUGUUAGGAUAUACCAUAUAUUACCCCGCAUCAUCCAUAAUGACCCAGAGUUAUGCAGGUGUUACAAACAAUCAAAACUUAAAUAAAUUCACCUAAAAUGAACAAAGUGAGAAAACUAAUGUGAGAUAAUGCAUAUAUUUGGCAUUUAGUGUGGUAAAGAAAUAUGCCCUGUAGAAAAGAAUGGAUCUAAGAGCUGGAUUCUCUUGUUUGACUCGUAAACAUUUCGCUGGAUCUAACCAGGUGUGGUCCCUGAUCACAAGUCGAAACAUCACACCAGUCGUAAUUUGCUUCAUUCAACACCUUGCACCAUAUUAUUACUUUGUCAUGUCUCUAAUUCAUCAAAAAGGGAUAAAUGUAACUUACGAUAUUGGCCCCACCUUAUUUCCAUCCUGGAUCCCCGGCAGGCCCAUUGACAGUGGAAACUGGGCUUUUCCUUAUAGAAUACGGGGGAAAGAUAAGAUUCCCUCUUGUGAAGGGGCCAGUGGAUGGUCAACUUAAACAAGCUGCCAGCCUCAUGGCUUAAUUUUUGGCUGAGGAAACAACAGCAGCCAAUCGGUUUAAAGUUCUAAAAGCAAGCCUCUGGUUUGGUGAACUGUGAAUAAUUAUGCACAA